UAUUGGACAUGCCUAGAAUCUGGCGGCUUUACUCUCGGGUUCGUGGUGUGGCUUUAUCGCAGGAAAAAUUCCAGUUUAUCUUUAAAUCAGAAGAUGAUUUAAAUGAAGUGCUCAAGACCGGCGUAUGGACGCAAGAUGAUUGGUGCGUGGUGAUGGAUAAAUGGGUUGAAAAGCCCCCAGAUGAUUACUUAAUGUUUCUUCCCAUUUGGAUCCGUCUCCGUAAUAUUCCGGUGAAUUACUACACAGAGGCGACAAUUAGGGACAUCGCAAAGUGUGUGGGUAAGGUUUUAACAGUUGAGUUGGAGCUGGAAAAGUCUCAAUCUCAGGAUUACGUUAUGGUUCGUGUUUUAUUGGAUGUUAGGAACCCUUUGCGUAAUUCAAAAGAGGUUCAACUUCCAGAUGGUGAUCUGGUUUCAAUCUCAUUUGAUUAUGAGAGAGUCAGGAAGAGGUGUUUUCUGUGUCAAAGACUCACUCAUGAAAAAAACAUGUGUCCUUUUAACCAAGUUGAUUUUGGAAACGUUUCGACAGAGGUAAUUUGA